AUGACCACCCAGGGAGUGCCACCCAACCUGCUGUGCACGCCGCGACCACCACCUUGGGGGGGCGCCAGCCCACCGGCUCUGAAACUGUUUCCGUUUGUUUUUCAGGACAAACAUCACGAUGCUGCUCAUGAAAUCAUCGAGACCAUCCGGUGGGUCUGUGAGGAAAUCCCAGACCUGAAGCUGGCCAUGGAGAACUACGUUCUGAUUGACUACGACACCAAAAGCUUCGAGAGUAUGCAGAGGCUCUGUGACAAGUACAACCGGGCCAUCGACAGCAUCCACCAGCUGUGGAAGGGGACCACACAGCCUAUGAAGCUGAACACACGGCCGUGCAAUGGGCUGCUGCGACACAUCCUGCAGCAGGUCUACAACCACUCGGUAACUGACCCUGAGAAACUCAACAACUACGAGCCCUUCUCACCUGAGGUGUACGGCGAGACCUCCUUUGACCUGGUGGCCCAGAUGAUCGACGAGAUCAAGAUGACUGAGGACGACCUCUUUGUCGACCUGGGCAGCGGAGUGGGCCAGGUUGUGCUCCAGGUAGCCGCAGCCACCAACUGCAAACAUCACUACGGUGUUGAGAAAGCUGACAUCCCAGCCAAGUACGCGGAGACGAUGGACCGAGAGUUCAGGAAGUGGAUGAAAUGGUAUGGAAAAAAGCAUGCCGAAUACACACUGGAAAGAGGCGAUUUCCUCUCUGAAGAGUGGCGUGAGCGGAUUGCGAACACGAGUGUCAUAUUUGUGAAUAACUUUGCCUUUGGUCCUGAGGUGGAUCACCAGCUGAAGGAACGAUUUGCAAACAUGAAGGAAGGCGGCAGAAUCGUGUCCUCAAAACCCUUUGCACCUCUGAACUUCAGAAUAAACAGUAGAAACUUGAGUGACAUUGGCACCAUCAUGCGAGUCGUAGAGCUGUCGCCCCUGAAGGGCUCCGUCUCGUGGACGGGGAAGCCGGUCUCCUACUACCUGCACACUAUCGACCGAACUAUACUUGAAAACUAUUUUUCUAGUCUGAAAAAUCCAAAACUCAGGGAGGAACAAGAGGCAGCUAGGCGCCGGCAGCAACGUGAGAACAAGAGCAACACGACCACUCCGACCAAGGCCCAGGAGAGCAAGGCAGCGGUCCCCGCGGACACCCCUAUGGACUCUGGUGCUGAGGAUGAGAAAGCCGGGGCCACCACUGUCAAAAAGCCAUCCCCCUCCAAAGCCCGGAAGAAGAAGCUGAAUAAGAAGGGACGGAAGAUGGCUGGCCGCAAGCGUGGGCGCCCCAAGAAGAUGAGCACUGCGAACUCGGAGCGCAGGCCCAAGAAGAGCCAGGGUGCAUUGGACCUCCUGCACGCGCAGACCACGCCUCAGACCGCCCCGUCCUCACCUCAGGAUGCGUACAAGUCACCUCACAGCCCGUUCUAUCAGCUACCUCCGGCCGUGCAGCGGCACGCGUCCAGCCCGCUGCUGGCAGCACCCACCCCGCCUGCUCUGCAGAAGCUGCUGGAGUCGUUCAAGAUCCAGUACCUGCAGUUCUUGGCGUACACAAAGACCCCGCAGUACAAGGCCAACCUACAGCAGCUACUGGACCAGGAGAAGGAGAAGAACGCCCAGCUGCUGGGCGCUGCACGGCAGCUCUUCAGCCACUGCCAGGCCCAGAAGGAGGAGAGCAGGCGGCUCUUCCAGCAGAAGCUGGAUGAGCUGGGUGUGAAGGCCCUGACCUACACCGACCUGGUCCAGGCGCAAAAGGAGAUCUCUGCACACAACCGGCAGCUGAGGGAGCAGACGGAGCAGCUGCAGAGGGACAACCGUGCCCUGCGGGGCCAGAGCUUGCAGCUGCUCAGGGCACGUUGUGAGGAGCUCAAGUUGGACUGGCCCACCCUGUCCCUGGAGAAGCUGCUGAAGGAGAAGCAGGCCCUGAAGAGCCAGAUCUCCGAGAAGCAGCGGCGGUGCCUGGAGCUGCAGAUCAGCAUCGUGGAGCUGGAAAAGAGCCAACGGCAGCAGGAGCUCCUGCAGCUCAAGUCCUACAUGCCUCCAGACGACGCGCUGGCUGUGCAUCUGCGUGGGAAGAGUGUGCCAAGCCGAGAGCCGGAGCCUGACCCUGGCCGCCUCCACCUGGAGCUUGACUGCACCAAGUUCUCGCUGCCCCCCUUCAGCAGCCUGAGCCCAGAGCUCUCCAUGAACGGCCAUGUGGCGGGCUACGAGCUGCACAGCGCGCUAAGCCAUCCCUCGUCCAAGCAGAACACACCGCAGUACUUGGCCUCGCCCCUGGACCACGAGGUGGUACCCUGCACACCCAGCCACGGUGGCCGGCCGCGGCCAGACCGGCUGGCUGGCCUGGCCCUUCCCGACUACACACGGCUUUCCCCAGCCAAGAUAGCACUGCGGCGCCACCUGAGCCAGGACCCUGGUGUCAAUGGGAGAGCAACCGCCAGUGAGCUGCAUCCUCGUGUGGAACAUGCCAAGGAGAAUGGCCUCAGCUGUCAGAGCCCUGGCAUCCCCAACAUUAUCAAGCUGAGCCCGCAGGACCCUCGACCUGCAUCCCCUGCGGCCCUGCCCGUGACAGCAGAGAAGGGUGGCGAGAAGGGCUUAAAGGAGCGCCCCUAUGGCAGUGGCGGCGAGACCAUCACCAGCCUGCCCGUCAGCAUCCCACUAAGCACCGUGCAGCCCAACAAACUCCCGGUCAGCAUCCCCCUGGCCAGCGUGGUGCUGCCUAGCCGUGCCGAGCGAGCGAGGAGCACGCCCAGCCCUGUGCCCCCGAGCCGCGAUUCUUCCUCCGCCCUGGACAAGCAGAUCGGUGCUAACCCCCACUGCGGAGCGAGCAGUGCUGCUGGAAGCAGAGGCCUGGCCCUGGCCCCCGCAGGCUUCUCCUACGCCGGCUCGGUGGCCAUCAGUGCAGCCCUGGCGGGCAGCCCUGCUCCACUGGGCCCUGGGGCUGAGCCAGCUGCCUUUGACGAGUCCCUGGGCUCGGGCAGCCUUUUCGCCUCCAUGGGCUCACGUAGCUCCACACCACAGCACCCUUCCCUGCUGGCCCAGGCCCGCAGCUCUGGUCCAGCCUCCCCUGCCCACCAGCUCUCAGCGAGCCCCCGGCUUGGGGCACCUUCCCAGGUCAUGCUGUCCGAUGCUGCUGCCAAGGUUGACCUGUCCUGCGACACAGGCUUCUCCGACCCUGAGAGCGAAGCCAAGCGUAGGAUUGUCUUCACCAUCACGGCCAGCGCAGGUGGUGCCCGGCCGUCCCCCUCCAGCAAGCACAGCCCCCUGGCCACCAGCACCCGUGGGGACAGCGGGCAGGGCCAUGGGCCAGACAGCCGGAAGCGAGGCCGCAGGAAGCGCUCAUCAACAGGCACCCCCAGCCUGAGCUCAGGCGUGUCCCCCAAGCGCCGGGCCCCGCCGUCUGUUGCCGGGCUCUUCACACAGUCCUCGGGGUCUCCCCUGAACCUCAACUCCAUGGUCAGCACCAUCAACCAGCCCCUGGAGAUCACGGCCAUCUCGUCCCCUGAGACGUCCCUGAAGAGUUCUCCUGCCCCUUACCAGGACCAUGACCAACCGCCUGUGCUCACGAAGGAGAAGCCACUGGGCCAGACCAAUGGGGCCCACUACUCCCCACUGACAUCGGACGAGGAGCAGGGCUCUGAGGAUGAGCCUGGCAGCGCCAGAAUUGAGAGAAAAAUCGCAACAAUCUCCUUAGAAAGCAAAUCUCCCCCCAAAACCUUAGAAAACGGUGGUGGCCUGGCCAACAGGAAGCCAGUGCCUGCCGGGGAGCAGGUGAACAGCAGUAAAUGGAAGUCCACCUUCUCGCCCAUCUCAGACAUCGGCCUGGCCAAGGCAGCUGACAGCCCACUGCAGGCCAGCUCUACGCUGAGCCAGAACUCCUUGUUUGCAUUCCGGCCUACGCUGGAGGAGCCAAGCUCCAACGAUGCCAAGGGGGCCCCACACCCCAGGAAGGGCUUCUCAGGCUCCCUGGCUGUGGCAGACGGGCCCAGCCCAAGCACCAGUGCCCCUAGCGGGUUUGCCCUAGGUGGGGCCUUGGCCGCUGACCUCAGUUUACCUAGCUUCAGCGAUGGUGCUUCUCUUGCCCACAAGGCCCCUGAAGCGGCCGGGCUUAGCUUCCCCUCCCAGCGGGGCAAGGAGACUGGCACUCCAGAGGCCAACCCCUUCCUGAGCAAGCGGCCACUGGAUGGGCUGAGUGGCCUGAAGGGCGAGGCCAGCAAGGCCCGGGAGGCCGGUGAGCUGGGCUCAGCCCUGGGCGGAGCCUCUGAGAAGGCCGCGCUGCCGCCCGGUGGGAAGGCCCCCCGAGGCCGGGACCGGGAGCUCGACUUCACCCACGGCCACAACCUCUUCAUCUCGGCUGCCACGGUGCCUCCUGGAGGCCUCCUUAGCGGCCCAGGCCUGGCCUCAGCGGCAUCCUCCACGGGCACUCACGGCCCUUCCACCCAGACGCACCGCCCCUUCCUGGGCACCUUUGCCCCUGGCACGCAGUUUGCCCUGGGCCCCAUGUCCCUGCAGGCCAACCUGGGCUCAGUGGCGGGCUCCUCCGUGCUGCAGAGUCUGUUCAGUGCUGUGCCGGCCGCUGCAGGCCUGGUGCACGUGUCAUCUGCAGCCACCCGGCUCACCAACUCACAUGCCAUGGGCACUUUCUCUUCUGGAGUCGCGGGCGGAACUGUCGGAGGUGUCUUUAACCACGCGGUGCCUUCUGCCUCUUCUCAUCCGCUCGGAGCCAGUUUCAGCAGCGGGGCUGUCUGUGGCAGCGCCACGCUGAGCUUAGCCAGCACCUCCGCCGCUUCCUUUCAGGCCCCGCCCUCUGUCGAGACCCGGCCACCCCCGCUGCCUCCUGCUCAGCACCUGGGCCGGCCGCCCCUUCCUCCCCCUCCCCCGCCCCCUCCGCCUAACACCGCCUUGCCUCCUCCCCCGCCGCUGCUGGCGCCUAACUCAGAGCCUGUGCUUCUGCAGAGCCUCGCGUCCCUCCCUGCUAACCACGCUUUCUUGCCCCCCGUCUCUGCCGCUGCCCUGCCGCCCGCUAACGCCUCUUUGUCUGUCAAGCUCGCUGCCCUGCCGCACAAAGCCUCCCGCCCCUCCUUCACGGUCCACCACCAGCCUCUGCCCCGGCUGGCCCUGGCGCAGGCCGCGCCCCUCCUCCCGCAGGCCAGCCCCGCCGCGCCCUCUGCGGUCUGGGUUUCCCUUGGCAUGCCGCCUCCUUAUGCCGCGCACCUUUCGGGGGUUAAGCCGCGAUAA